AAGCGGUAAAUUACCUUGAUUAUUGGAUUAAUAUUGUAAAUAAAAAACUAAAGUCAAAUAGUUAACAAAUAUCUCCAUAUGAGAGCAAAAUCUUAAAACAAAUGAAUGGCGUGAUAAUUAAUAAAAACUUAAAAAGGGGGUUGGUUUGGGUUUCCCCCACCUAUCCCACCUUCACCUACUACAAGAGAAGAAAGUAAAACACGUCAAGUAUCAGACAAAUCUCGUCUCACUCUUUUCUUGUUUUUUUUUUCCUCAACUCACAGUUUCUGAUCCUUUCUCCUUUCAUCUCUUCACCAGAAAAAUGGCUUUGCAAAUGCAGACCUCCACCACGAUCUUCAAAAACUCCACGCCAUCUUCCAGCCCUGCGAUCACCGGAAGACUCUUCCCACAGCAAGGAACCAUCGCUGUUCGACGGGAAAUGUUAACGGCGUGGCGAGGCGUCAGAUGCAGAGGCGGUGGAGUAGGAGACGCCGGGAAGAAAAAAGCGGUUCCUAACUCGAACUAUGUAGUGCCUUUGGACAAGUUCUCGUCCUCCUCGUCCAUCACUCGUCCUCUGAUUGAGAUACUUCGUGAUCUCAACAAGAAGAUCCCUGAUAACAUCGUUAAGAGUCAUGAUCCUGGAUCUAGUGCAGCUUCUUCUGGUUUCAUCCCUUGGUUCCAUGCAAAUCGGAUGCUCAGCUUCUACGCACCUGGUUGGUGUGGGGAGGUUCGUGACGUCAUCUUCUCUGAGAAUGGUAAUGUCACUGUUGUUUACCGUCUCACCAUUCGUGGCUCUGAUGGGGAGGUAAGCUCUUCCACUUUCACUUCCUGUUCUGUAUCUCAUGUAUCCUAAUGGUAGCUUUCACAGAAUACUAUUGCUAAGAUCAUCACGAACCGGUUUGUUUGCCUUGUGUUGUGACAUAUACUGAUAUACAUAACCUUGUUUACAAGACCAAGUUUUUUUUGUCUUUCUUUC